AAAGAUGACUACAAAAAGGAUGACUACUACAAGGAUGAUGACUACUACAAGAAGGAUGACUACAAAAAGGAUGAUUACUACAAGAAGGAUGACUACAACAAGAAGAAGGAAUAUAAACGUCAUGACUACUACAAGAAGGAUGACUACAAAAAGGAUGACUACAAAAAGGAUGAUUACAAAAAGGAUGAUUACUACAAGAAAGACGACUACAAAAAGGAUGAUUACUACAAGAAAGAUGACUACAAAUACUAA